AUGUCCCCACACAGGCUGCGAGAUAAAGGCCCUCAUGACUUUGCCAUUAUGCCUGUCAACCAAAGCAGCUUCAGCUCCACGUUGAUGUCCCGCAGCAGUGGUGGAGGCAUAGGACAGAUACAUGGUGGUUUUGGCAGCAGGAGCCUUCACAAUCUAGGGGCAAGCAGGAGGAUUUCCAUGAACAGUGGGUAUUGUUCUCCCAGACCAGGGUACAGUUAUGGGUCAGGUCAUGGUGGGUUUGCAUACAGAGUUGGUGGAGCUGGGUUUGGAUUCAGAGGAGGAUGUGGCCCUGGAGGCAUUCAAGAGGUCACGGUCAACCAAAGCCUCUUGGUACCUCUUAACUUGGAGAUUGACCCCAACAUGCAGAAAGUGCGGCAGGAGGAGAAGAACCAGAUCAAAUCCCUCAACAACAAAUUUGCCUCCUUCAUCGACAAGGUGCGGUUCCUGGAGCAACAAAAUAAAGUACUGGAGACCAAAUGGAGCCUCUUGAAAGACCAAACAGUUGUGAGAAAUAACCUUGAACCUGUGUUUGACGUGUACAUCAGCAACAUGAGGAGACAGCUGGAGGCUCUGGGGGAGGACAGGCUGCGGCUCAGCUCAGAGCUGAAGGCAAUGCAGGAUGCUGUUGAGGGCUUCAAGAUCAGGUACAAAGAGGAGAUCAACAAGCGCACGACUGCAGAGAAUGACUUUGUGUUGCUGAAGAAGGAUGCAGAUGCCACCCAUGUGAACAAGGUGGACUUGGCAACCAAGUUGGAUGCACUGACAGAGGAGAUUAACUUCCUAAGAGCCCUCUAUGAAGCAGACCUGUCUCAGAUGCAGUCACAGGUCUCUGACACCUCCGUGGUCCUGUCCAUGGACAACAACCGGAACCUAGACCUGGAUGGGAUCACUGCAGAGGUCAAAGCCCAGUAUGAGGACAUUGCCAACCGGAGCCAGGCAGAGGCCGAGUCCUGGUACCAGAACAAGUAUGAGGAGCUGCAGCUCCUGGCUGGCCGGCACGGGGACAACCUCCAGAACACCAAGAUGGAGAUCUCGGAGAUGAACCGCAUGAUCCAUCGGCUCCACUCAGAAAUUGAUGGUGUAAAGAAACAGUCUCAGACGGGCAUCGCAGACGCUGAGCAACGCGGGGAGCUGGCCCUCAAGGAUGCUAAGGCCAAACUGUCUGAGCUGGAGGAUGCUCUGCAGAAAGCCAAGGCUGACCUGGCCCGGCAGCUCCGUGAGUACCAGGAGCUGAUGAACGUCAAGCUGGCCCUGGACAUUGAGAUCGCGACCUACAGGAAGCUGCUGGAGGGAGAGGAGAGCAGGCUGGCUGGAGAAGGUGUUGGUGCAGUGAAUAUUUCCGUGGUCUCAUCUGGGAGCAGCUACGGAGGUGGGAAGAUGCUGGGGCUGGGGACAGGCUGCAGGAGCAGGCUCAGCACGGGGGGCAGCGGCACCUGCCUGGCCGGGGGGUUGAGCUCUGGUGCAGGAAGCAGCUCAAGCACGAGGUUUGUAUCAAAAACCACCACCAAGAAUAGCUACUGGAGCUAA